AAUCGAUCCGGUUUUUGACCCUAGACGCAGGGCGUGUCAUCGUAUGCGCAACUGUCACGUAUAAAUGCUGCGCGGGCGCUCAUCUCGUCACACUGACGAAUAUACACACGACAUGGCAGUCAAAAUCACAAUCUUCAUCUGCAUGGUAGCAGCGGCCGCGGCCGGGGUCGUAGAGGUCAAUCCCGCGGCAGUCCAGGUCGCGCCCGCUCCCAAGGUGGUCUACGAGGAGCCCGAAGCCCCCGCCCAGUACGAGUACGAAUACUCCAUCCAAGACCACCUCACGGGAGACUCUAAACAGGCCAAAGAGAACCGCAAUGGAGAUGCUGUCCACGGAUUCUACACUCUCGUUCAGCCCGAUGGUGUGCAGCGCAUUGUUGAGUACACUGCUGAUAAGAUCCACGGGUUCAACGCUGUGGUUCGCUAUGAGGGAGUGCCCCAGAAGGUCGCGUACGCGGCUGCCCCCGCUCCAGUAGCCUACGCUCAGCCGGUUGCCAAAGUUGCCUACGCCCCUGCGCCAGCCCCAGUGGCUUAUGCCCAACCUGUCGCCAAAGUAGCGUACGCUCCUGCACCAACUCAAGUGACUUAUGCUCAACCUAUUACCAAAGUAGCGUAUUCUCCAGCGCCAGCACCAGUGGCCUAUGCCCAACCUGUUGCCAAAGUAGCGUAUGCCCCGGCGCCGGCACCAGUGGCCUAUGCCCAACCUGUCCCCAGAGUAGCCUACGCCCCGGCGCCAGGCCCCGCUGUAACCUACUCGCAACCCAUCGCGUACGCGCAACCAGCUCACGUGGCCUACGCCCAGCCCGUCGCUAAAGUCGCGUACGCACCUGCUCCUGUAGCGUACGCCCAAGCCCCGGCCGCUCACCACGUGGCCUACGCGCCGGCCCCUCAAGCCUACCCCGCCCACGUCGGCCAUGUCACCUACUCAUCGCCAUCUGUCUCAUACCAACAUUAAGUUAUUGUUAAGUUAGUAUUUAUUUUAAUACAUCACUAUAGCCAAUUGAUCGAA